CCUGGAGUCCCUAUGGUUUAAUGGACCAUCACCUGGUGAUGCACCAGCUGCAGUGUAACGGUGUGCUGGAAGGCAUCUGGAUUUGUAGGAAGGGGUUCCCAAGCAGAAUCCUAUACGCUGACUUUAAACAAAGAUACAAAAUCCUGAAUGCCUCAGCCAUCCCCGAAGGCCAGUUCAUUGACAGAAAGAAUGCUCCAGAAAAGCUUCUCUCCUCCACUGAUGUCGAUCACAAUCAGUACAGAUUUGGCCACAGUAAGCAGAUGAAGAAGAGAACUCUCUAGUCUACAUGAGAAAAUGCACCGGUUCAACUAAAGGAUUAUUUGUCUGGCACCUUCCGAAACCAGCAGUACGGCAAAUGCCAUGCAAGUUUAUGCACUAUUGUGGAGUAGUCAAUAAAAGAUGGAUUACAUUUCAGCACCUUAACUUCCUCAAACGAAUGUAUGUAACACAGUACAACAAAGACCUCAGUCAGCAAGCAAAACCAAAGUCAGAUCCAGUUGCACCUCCUUUCCUUGAGAAAAAACAUUUGGGUCAAGAAAAAACAGUUAUACAUGAGAUCAGACCAGUUUCACCUCUUCACCCACCUUCGUCUGAGACUUCGAACAGAAAUGAAUUCAAAGCAGUAAAUUCAGCUGCAAUUGUAGAAGACUUGGCAACAGCCAUAGGAGCAGAAUCCAAAGAAGAAAAACAAUGGAAAGAAAUGAAGCUACAACUGGAUGAUUUACCAGGAAUUUUGGCACGUUUGUCCAAAAUCAAACUUACAGCUCUGGUUGUGAGUACCGCAUCUGCUGGGUUUGCUAUGGCUCCGAUUCCUUUUGACCUAACUUGUUUCCUGCUUACCUCCAUUGGAACUGGACUUGCUUCCUGUGCAGCCAACUCCAUCAAUCAGUUCUUUGAGGUUCCCUUUGACUCAAAUAUGAACAGGACAAAAAACAGACCCCUGGUGCGAGGACAGAUCAGCCCUCUGCUUGCAGUGUCCUUUGCCGCCUCCUGUGCAGUUCCAGGAAUCGCCCUGCUGACGCUGGGAGUAAAUCCUCUCACUGGGGCACUGGGAGCCUUCAACAUUUUCCUGUACACGUGUUGUUACACACCGAUGAAAAGAAUGAGCAUCAUCAACACGUGGGUGGGAGCUGUCGUUGGUGCCAUUCCCCCCAUCAUGGGCUGGACUGCAGCUACCGGCAGCCUUGAUGCUGGCGCGUUGCUGUUGGGAGGAAUUCUCUAUUCCUGGCAGUUUCCUCAUUUCAAUGCCCUGAGCUGGGGCCUCCGGGAGGAUUACUCACGAGGAGGAUACUGCAUGAUGUCCGUCACUCACCCUGCGAUGUGCCGGCGGGUUGCUCUGCGUCACUGCUUGGCCUUAAUUGGACUCUCAACAAUGGCCCCCAUCCUCGAUGUCACCACAUGGAAUUUUCCACUCAUUUCACUCCCUAUCAACUUGUACAUUUCCUACCUCGGCUUUCGGUUCUACAGGGAUGCAGAUCGCAGCAGCUCCAGGAAACUUUUCUUCUGCAGCCUGUGGCACUUGCCAAUGCUUCUGCUUCUCAUGCUCACAUGUAAGAAAUCCCUGCUAGAGAAAGAAGACAAAAGUGAGCUUCUCAGUUGAAAUUGGGUUGCCUUAAUGUCAGUUAGAGCUAAUGACACCUAUUUUUAUUGUCAAGCAGAGGGUCUUUUGCUAAUUAUGGGCAGGAAAAUCUAUGGCAAUGUGUUUAAAGAGAAUCCCUUGUGCCCAGUGACCACUUUACAUAAUUGUUUUUUAAUUUCUUUUUAGAGGGAGGAACUUGGGGGACUUAAAUGGCUCAUGGGCUUGGUCAAUGGGAUCACUCCUAGGUCACGAGUUAAAAUCCGGCCUAGGUGAAAAAUGAAUCAUGUUCCCUUGGCUUCCUGCUAGCCUAUGUGAAAUGACUUUGAUGACCAGUGCAAUGAGGUGAAUGAGUGAAAUGAGCAGGUAUCUCCAUGGCAGAGGCACCAGCCCCACAAUGGGCCCUCAUCAUUGACAUUCUUACUGAGGAAGCCAAGGAGACUCAUUGGAUACUGAGCUUUCCUCUGUCCUCCUGUGAGCAGGUCUUCUGUCCAGAAUAGGCUUGAGGCACAUUGGCAGGGUAGGGAGGGGGAAGCCUGCAUUGCCCCGGUCAUGCCAUCCCUGCUCUGUGACUAAAUGGAGGACUUUAAUUUCUGGGACUGUCAAUCCAGCACCUUUCACAAGGAUUCAGUUCACUUUCAUAUAUUUUCAGAGAACCCAGAUUAUUUUCUAUUCUGUCUUCAGCACUCUGUAGAUCAUACAACACAAACAGCACAUUAGCAUUUAAACAGCCUCUGGCUGAAUGGAGAUAGUUCCUAGUCUGUACCUUUCACAUACUCAUGGCAAUUUUUAUUGUGUUCCAUCACAGAGGAACUUCUCACCCUGGCUAGAGCUCUUUCUGGGAGAAAUCUUUAGGGCUUGAAUGCUCAGGGCCAGAUCCUCAACCGGUGUAAACUGACAUAACUAUGUCAACUUCACUGGAGCUUUGCUGAUAUACAUCAGCUCAUGAUCGGGCCCUCAGAAUCCAAUAAUUUGAGGUUUUCUAUAUGCUAACGUGAAUUGUGCCAACCUGUUCAGCGUAAGAGCCUGUUGGCUGGUAAGGCAUUUCCUGUAAUUAAUUGAGUUCUGAGUCUCAUUAAGAAAUAUGACAACUCUAUUAAGUAUCAUGGCACAGUUGCAGCUCCAAGAGAAGAUUGCUAUGAAGUGUGUUAUUGGUGGGGAAUCACGUUUUCUCAGUCUUGAGGAAAAGCCGGUUUUCAUUCCAGCUACAGUCUGAACUUAAAAACUAGUUCAGAAAGUUCAAAUUGCAACCAGCAUAGCUGAAGUUUACUAUAAGGGCAUGGCCGCCGGAGGAAAAUGUAUCCUGUUAUAACGUGUUAAUUAACAUGAUGUAAGACAGUCAGUGCAGACAAGCAUUGACUUGUUUGUAGUCAUGUUAGUGGGUCCUAGUUAACCAGGGUGCACUGUAUGUUUAGCCAUGACCAACUAACAUGAUGUUAAACACAACAGCACGCUGUGUAGACAAGGAGUAGGUUAUAGUUUACAUUGUGUUAGUUAACAAGUGUAAUAACUUGUUGUAUUUUCCUCACUGUAAACAAGCCCCAAGCUUUUUCCAGUGUGUACAAGGUCCAUUCUAAUACUGUUAUGCGCCAGAUCCAAGGCUUUUGCUGAUGGCGAGUUCUGCUGGUGGUGAAAUGGAAUAUUUUAUCUAUCCUGAUAUCUAGGAAAGGCCUUCAAGCAAUUUCACAAGUUUGCCAGUGUCCUUGUCACCCUGAUAUAAAAACUUGACAGCAUCCUUUAAUGGUGCAGGCCGAUUCUGGUCUCAGUCACACUGGUGUAAAUCAGGAGUGACUCCAUUGCCCUCGGUCUCUGUUGGCAACAGUGCUCUAUGGGAACAGAAUCAGGUGUUUUAAAUGACAUUUAAACAAUCAGACAUAAGAUGCUUGCCUCUCUCUAUUGAUUGCAGAUAACGGUGCUGAAUCCCUGUUACUGUUUUUCUGAAAUAGACUCCAUUGUAUUCAGGUUGUUUACUGUGGGAACACUGCAUAGGAAUACCUGGAAACAGUCUACAGCCCAGUACAACUUCUCAAUUUGUAAAAUAUAUGAGUUUGUUCUGCAAUAAAACAUACUGUACAAGA